CCCCCCGCCCGCUCCCCGCUAUAAGGGGCGGCCGAUGGCAGCGCCUCACUCGGAGCCGCCGCCGCCCGACCCCGCUGCACCAUGCAGGGAGCCCGCGCCCUGCUCUGCCUCGCCCUGGCCGCGCUGCUGGGCCCGCCCGCCGAGGCGUGGUACAAGCAGGCGGCCGGCCCCAGCUACUACUCGGUGGGCAGAGCCUCGGGACUGCUGUCCGGGGUCCGCCGGGCGCCCCACGUCCGCCGCGUCGAGAGCGGGACAGACAGCGCCGAGCGCCGCGCCGCGCCGCUGCCCCCCGAGCCGGGCCCCGCGCUCAGGAGCAUGGCUGUCUGUGUGAAGGACCUUGCCCUGGAGCUGCAGAGCUGCCAGCUGCUGUCCGGAGCCCCCAGCACUAUCCAGUGCAAGGCUGAUGUCACCAUCUCCCUGGACCCCUCAGACUGUACCAGCACCUAAUCCCUCUUGCCCCACGCUAUGGGGGAGGGGCACCCUAUCCUCUGCAUCUGACAAUAAAGGCACCUUUAAACCA